AUUUAUAUUCUUCAAUGCUGUGACUUCUUUUAGCCAACAUCUCAAGCAAACCCAUCAAAUAAACAUCUCUGAAGCCUAAGCUAAAAAUAAUGGAGAAGAGCUGGAUUCUGGCUUUUCUCCUUCUUUUCCAGUUCCAGGCAUUGCCAAGAGGAGCAGCUGUUGGUGUUGGUGUGGGUGUUGGCAUAGGCAAUGUAGGUGGUGGCGGUGGUGGAGGAGUGUGGAUUGGUGGUGGAAUCAACGAUCCACCAUCAUCUGGGUCUUCAAUUUCAAACCUCAACAGUGCUUACACUGCUCUACAAGCUUGGAAAUCAGCAAUCACUGAUGACCCAUUAAAGAUUUUGGACACUUGGGUUGGCACUGAUGUGUGUUCUUAUAAAGGAGUUUUUUGUGCAGUUCCUAGAGAUGAUGCUGGAUUUGAUAGCCCCUCUGAUCCGGUUGUUGCAGGCAUAGAUCUCAACCAUGGAAAUCUCCAGGGGAAUCUUGUCAAAGAACUCUCUCUCCUCACUGAUAUGACUCUCCUUCACCUGAACAGCAACAGAUUUUCUGGCACAAUUCCAGAUUCUUUCAGAGAGCUCUCUUCUCUCCAGGAAUUAGACCUCAGUAACAACAAUUUUUCAGGUCGUUUCCCUGUUGUUACUUUGUACAUUCCAAAUCUCAUUUACUUAGACCUUAGGUUCAACAGCUUUUCAGGACCCAUCCCCGAAGAUCUUUUCAACAAGAGACUAGAUGCAAUUUUUCUCAACAAUAAUCAAUUUUCUAGUCAAAUUCCUCAAAAUAUGGGUAACUCUCCUGCUUCUGUGAUAAACUUGGCUAAUAACAAGUUCACUGGAAGCAUUCCAGCUAGCUUUGGUAUGAUGAGUUCUAAAUUGAAGGAGAUUUUGUUUCUGAAUAAUCAGUUAACAGGCUGCAUUCCAGAAGGCGUUGGGCUCUUCACAGAUAUGGAAGUGUUGGAUGUAAGCUACAAUUCACUGAUGGGUCAUGUGCCAGACACAGUGUCUUGUCUCAGUGAGCUUGAGGUUCUGAAUUUGGCACACAACAAGCUCUCUGGGGAAGUGCCUGAUCUGGUUUGUUCACUGAAAAGCCUAUUGAAUUUGACUGUUGCUUAUAAUUUCUUGUCUGGGUUUAGCCAAGAAUGUACCAAGUUGUUCAUUAGAAAUGCGGGUUUUGAUUUCUCUCUGAAUUGUAUUCCUGGAGGAGUUAUGCAAAGGCCUCAACCAGAGUGUUCGGGUGUACCAGGAGGAGGAUUGAGUUGUCUCAGAAUACCUUCUUCACAACCUCUUGUUUGUGGCUCACUUGGGGCAACAAUAGAUGUUAAUCUAGGCCCAUCAUCCCCGUGAAAGUAGGAGACAAGAGUGUUUUUCUCUUCUUUUAUUUUGUUUUCUUUUUUCUUUUUUUUUUUUUGAAAGAAUGGAGACAGACUGUUUAGGUUUACCAAUAUUGUACAACAGGCUGGGGAUGGUUGCGUCACUAAUUAAUAGCAUUUAUGAUUUGCA